UGUCCUCCUUGUUUCUACGUUUUAAAGUCAGCUUUCUUAAACUGUCUUCAUUAAAAUGGACAGUGCUUUUAAUAACCUGGAUGCAGCCGGUUUCCUGGAAAUCUGGCAACACUUCGAUGCAGAUGAUAAUGGCCACAUUGAGGGCAAAGAGCUGGAUGACUUUUUCCGUCACAUGAUGAAGAGACUGGCUCCACAGGAAACCGUGACUGAGGAGAAAAUCCAGAAGCUGAAGCAAAGGUUUAUGUCCGCCUACGAUGCCACUGCUGAUGGGAAACUACAGAUUCAGGAGUUGGCCAAUAUGAUCCUCCCUGAAGAUGAGAACUUCCUGUUAAUUUUCCACAGAGAAGCUCCUCUGGACAACAGUGUUGACUUCAUGAAGAUAUGGAAGAAGUACGAUGUUGACUGCAGCGGCUACAUCUCGGCUCGGGAGCUCAAGGGUUUCCUGAAUGAUCUGUUCCUGAAGCAUCACAAGGAAGUGUCAUCCGAUAAGCUGGAUGAGUACACCGACACAAUGAUGAAAAUCUUUGACAAAAACAAGGAUGGCUGUUUGGAUUUGAACGACUUGGCCAGGAUCUUGGCUUUGGAGGAGAACUUCCUGCUCCAGUUCCAAAUGGAUGCCGGCAGUAAAGAGGAGAGAAAGAAAGACUUUGAGAAGAUCUUUGACCAUUACGAUGUUAGUAAGACGGGAGUGCUGGAGGGUCCUGAGGUGGACGGCUUUGUGAAGGACAUGAUGGGGCUGGUCAGGCCCAACCUCACGGGUCCGGAGCUGGACAAGUUGAGAGGCAUUCUGCUGCGUCACUGUGACGUCAACAAGGACGGAAAGAUUCAGAGAAAUGAGCUGUCUCUGUGUUUGGGACUCAAACCUAAAUAAACUGAGUUGAGAGAACUGUAUUAUUACGGCAUCGCAUCAUGAAAAACUGACUCUGUAUCCGUUAGUCAACAGUGAUAGAACAUUGUGUUUUACUCCAGUUCAGUCUAAUUACUGUCUUUUUUAAGGUCAAUAUACCUAAAAAGAUUAUAAAAAUCACAAUUUGAUACACUGGAAUGAAAAUUAAAUUAUAAAUUAUAGAUUUAGAACGUUUCUUGUGCAUGUUGUAGAAAAUAAGAAAAAGAAAAUAAGAUAUGAAUGUAUUUUUGGUUAAAAUGAUUGCGCUGUAUGAUUUGUGGUAUAUUAAUCAAUUUGUGAGUAUGUGUUUUUCAUUGUAUUUUUUGUUUGGUGCUUGUGUUUAUUGGCUAUUACUGACUUUGAGCCAUCUGCAUGUUUCUCUGCCAAAGACGGCUGUAUGUUGUUGUAAUUUUAUUCUAAUGCAUUGCAGAGGAAAUAAAGCAAAGAGCAU